AUGUUCAACAACAACAAUAAAUCAACACCUCUAAAACGCAAAAAAUUAAUCUUGAAGCCGAAUGAAUUAAAAGAUGAAGAAUUUAUGUCUCCAGUGAAGAGAAGAGCUAAAAUGUCAACAAACACUUGUGAGGACUUCUUCCGUCAACAAUCUGGACCAGCAACUACAAACUUGUCUUCAACAAACAAAUAUUUAUUUCAACGCCCUCCAAUUGACGAAUCCUUCAUUUCUCCAUUAAAACAACAAUGGAAAGGCUUCCUGUCUUCUCCUUCUUCAAAUGUCAACAAAAAUUGCUUAAAAACACCUUCACCAGCUCGGAUGCUAAAACAAUCUGUUAUCUGCAAAAAUAUUGGAAAUUUAUUGCUGAUGACUCCAGGUUUUGUUUUUAUUCUUAAGAUCUUUUUGAUGGGGUUAUUGUGGGUCUCUAUUUACUUCUAA